AUGCCGCGAGACGAUCUAACAAUCGACUUCGUCAGGAAGAUGCAGCCGGCCGACACCCUCGACCCGCAGCUGAUCCUGGACGAAUGGAUUAACCGGGUGCAGAAUCUGCCCGAAGAGCUGCGCUUCCUGCAGGAGGAGAUCGCCCACAAGGACCGCGAGUACGACAAGCUCAUCCGCGAGAUCGAGGACCGCGACGGCCGGAUCCAGAAAUGGAUCAAGGCACAUGGCAGCCACCAUCCCAACCCUAAGGAGGACGAGUACCGCGCAACCAUUGCCGCCAACUUCAAGCGCGCUGAGGAGCUGGCCCAAGAGAAGAUCGCCCUGACCCAGAAGUUGCAGCAGACAAUGGACAAGCACAUCCGCCACCUCGACAUGCAAAUCAAGAUGCUCUACGACCGUGGUGAACCCGGCUUCACCGACCCAGACGAGCUGCCGUCCUUGAUUCGUCCAAGCGAUGCUAACGUCACGAAUUCGACCCUGCGUGCGGUCAACGGCACGAACCCCGUCACUGCUGCCCUCACGCCGCUCGCAAACGGGACCCAGCUUCGCGUGAUUAGCUCCCAGAUCCGAGGCGCCCAGUCACAGCAACACAUCUCAGCCUCAGCCCCUGCCACACCGGCCGCUACCAUGAUCCUAAACCGCCAAGCCCGCGAGGGUUCGGCCGGACCGUCCACUAAGCGUGCGAUCGGACGGUCAAACAGCGGGCUUGGAAACGCCCCGGCAACAUCCAGCGGACUGGCUAGGCACUCGUCCCUGGGGCCGGGAACGCCUAAGGCCAGCACGGCCAGCACGAACGUCCAACGAGCCGGCAGCGCCGGGCCGCGAGCGACGUCCAAGGCAUCGGGGACCGUUCGCAAGUCGGGCACCCCAUCAGCAUCAUCUUCACGCAAAAAGGGCACGCCAACCGCGGGCAGCAGUUCUAACAAGUCCGGUCUGUCGCGCGUGAAGCGCGCCGUUGCCAAGAACUCGCCCUCCUCGACCGCAGAGUCUGAGCUCUCCGACGCCGUCUCGGCCAGCGACGACGAAAGCGACGCCCGAACGGGCGGCCGUGGCACCCCCGCGACCGUAUCGCGCGCCAACUCGAACCUGGCCAGCUUCUCCUCCACAGCCGGGGCCCCCGACGGAUCUUCAGGCGCGUCGGGAGCCGGCAACGCCGAUGGCAACGCAGGCCCCAGCGGAGCCGACGGUUCUGCCAACGGAACCGGCUCCCCGCAACAAGGAGGCCACACUCAAGGCCAGCAGCCACCGCAUCAUCAAAGGGCGGGGGGAGGGGAUGACAUGAUGGACGUCGACGAGGAUGAGGCGGGCGACGACCGCAAGUACUGCUCGUGCCAAAACGUGAGCUUCGGAAACAUGGUGGCCUGCGACAACGAGGACUGCCCCUACGAAUGGUUCCACUGGGGUUGUGUGGGCCUGAAGAGCGAACCCAAUGGCACGUGGUACUGCCCGGACUGUACGGAGAAGUUGAAGAAGAAGGGUCGUACGGGAGGGGGCUCAUAA